AUGGGGGAUCCAAUAUGUGACACUCAAUCUCGAUUUAGAAAUCUGCUCCAUGUUAAGUUACCUAUUCUAGUAUUUGUGGCAAUAUGUACUAUUAUCUCUCAAACUUAUGAAUUAAAGGAUCAAAUUGGUAGCAGAGAUGGUGAGAAACCACGAAAACCAGAAGAAAAAACCCCGCCAUCACCAAAAGAACCAAAAGAAGAAAAAUCCACCGCAAAUCACCUGAAGACCGGGCACUUCCCAGAUGUCAUAUUGUGCAUUAUUACUAUGUUAUGUGAUUUACAAUCGUAA